AUCCAAAUUUUGUUACAACGUUUUGUGGCGAGUUGUUGGCGGGAGCAGGAUGCAAGGGAGGCUGCCCAGUCUGAUUGUGCCCAGGAAGGCAGACAGUGAGGUGCUUUUGCCUCCAGUUGCUGAUGAUGAAGUGCUCCACAACAAUAGCCUUAUCCAACAGCUGAUUGUAGCAGCAAAGGAUGCAGCCCUUCUUCAUGGCGUUCUCAUGAGGACGAAAGAGGAGCCGUCUAGCUCUGAGGCAACUAGCUAUGCACCAUUUAGUCUCUUCCCAUCACCUGUACCGAAGAAACUGUUCACACAGGCGUGUGAGGUUCAACAAGACUUUAAUAUGCUGGUUGACAGAAUAAGCCAGGACUCUGAAUUUCUAACCAAAGUCCUAGCAAGCACUGUCGAAGUGGAUGAUUUUACAGCUGGUCUCUUCAGCAUCUAUAAAGAAGUGCUCAAAGAAGGUAUUGCCCAGCCAAUUGCUUUAGGUAUAAACAGAUCUGACUACAUGUUUGACAGAGGACCUGAUCACAGCGUUUCCUUAAAACAAAUAGAAAUUAAUACCAUUGCUGCUAGUUACGCAGGACUGGCUGAGCGAGUCCCGGAUAUACAUAGGCAUGUUCUGAACUUCUGGGGAAAAUCUGACGAAGCAGCUAAAAUCUUGAGUAACUCUGCUGUAAAAGGCAUUGCUGAAGGGAUCGCAAAAGCGUGGCAAUUAUAUGGAUCACCAUCGGCAGUGGUUCUCUUUCUAGUGGAAAAGGUCUCCAGGAACAUCUUUGACCAACGCUGCUUGGAAAUGGAGCUGUGGAAUAAAAACAUUCGUGUCAUAAGAAGACAGACGGUGGACAUACACGAGAGGGGGUCCCUGGAUGAUGAGAAGAAACUUUUUGUAGAUGGAUAUGAAAUUGCAGUCGCUUACUUUCGCACUGGAUAUAGUCCAGAAGAUUACCAAAAUGAAAAUUGCUGGCAAGCUCGGUUAUUGAUUGAACGUUCCAAAGCAAUUAAAUGUCCUGAUAUUGCCACCCACCUCGUGGGAACCAAGAAAGUCCAGCAGGAGUUAGCACGCAGUGGCGUAGUAGAGAAAUACUUAACCGAGUGUCCGAAAUCGGCUCAGCGGAUCCGCGCAACAUUUGUCGGCCUGUACAGCAUCGAUGAGGGUCCUGAAGGUGAUGAAAUAAUAACGAAAGCAUUGGAAGAUCCGGAAGGUUUUGUGCUGAAGCCACAGCGGGAGGGAGGAGGAAAUAACAUUUUUGGGGAAGAGCUCAGGCAGCUCCUUGGAACCAUUAAAGAUGGACCAAAGAGAUCCGCUUAUAUUCUGAUGGAUAGGAUCAAGCCUCAGACUGUGAAGAAUUAUCUGCUGCAUCCAGGAACACCUUCAAAACUGUCAGACUGCGUGGUUGAGCUGGGAGUGUUUGGGGUGUACAUCAGGAAGUGCCGGAAGCUGAUCAUGAAUGAAAGUGCUGGCCACCUCCUUCGCACAAAGAGUACAGAGUUCGCAGAUGGUGGAGUAUCUGCUGGUGUGGCCGUUCUGGAUACACCCUAUCUUAUCUGAACGACAGACUGUGUGUCAGAGCAGAAUAAAAUCAUUAUUGGGGUAGAGAACUAAACUGCAUUCCAUCCCCUCUGCCUCCACCUCCCACCAAAUCCUGCAUCCCAGUCCAUGAAUUGGCUUCCCACAAUUCACGCAGGAUGUCGUUUCCUCACACUUGGGGGGCGAUGGGAAGCUGUGAGCAUUAUAGCUGAAUGCACAUUUGCAAGCAGGUGAUUUAUCCAUUAUCCACCCUUCCUUCCCUAAGUUCUCAGGGGGAAACAGCUGACUCAGUAUGUGCCGAUGCUCUGUUUCUCAGAUUGUGUUCUACUGUAUCUUGACCAUUUCUCUAUGAGCACAGAAACAGACCCUUCGGUCCAACCAGUCCAUGCUGAAAGUAAUGCCAAAGUAAACUAGUCCCACCUGCCUGCUGAUCCAUAUCCCUCCAAGUCUUUCCUAAUCAUGAACUUAUCCAUGUAUCUUUUGUGCCCACAUCCACCACUACUUCAGUAAGUUCAUUCCAAAGGCAAACUACCAUGUGUGUAAAACUAUUUGCCCCUCGGUUUUUUUAAAAUAUAUUUCUUCUCACCUUAAAAACGUGCCCCUUAAUCCUGAAAUCCCCCAUCCUGGGGAUAAGACAGCUACCGUCAACCGUAUCAAUUCCCCUCAUGAUUUGACAAACUUCUGUAAGGUCACCUCAAGCUCUUGAAUCUACACAGGACAGGAUCCCAAGUUGAUGUACUGAGUACACAGCAACGUCACUCUGACAAAGCUCUGUUUCUCUGCUUUCAGUUGCAUGACCUAUCCGCAGACUAAAUUUAUUUUUCAGUAAAUCCCUAAUCCCCUCAGCUGGUCGUUUGCAUAAUUCUGUCCUGUACUAGUUAUUUUGAUUUGUUCUCCAGCUAUGGAGUUAUCUGGUGAUACCUGUGCUUAACAUUUUAAAAUAUGGUGCUUUUAAAUUGAAACCAAUUUCAAUGUGUAGUUGGAGCAACGUUGGUAGAGGGAAAGACCAAAAUGGAAGAAGCAAGUUGGUCAUUUUUAGAUGAAAGAAACAACUGAGACUUCAGUUUAUGACUUCUGGUAAACACAUGAUACAAUUCCACUUUAUUUCUCUCAAGGUUUGACCACCAUCCCAUUGAUUAAAUAUGCGAAGAUGUGUUAAUUGCUCAGCUAUUUUGUAACUGGCUUGAGAGGUGGUCACUUUCAGCUGCUCCUGAUUGCUGUUCCUCAACGCUGGGUUCCUGUUCAUCAGCGUGACAAUUCGGAUGACAAUGCCGAACUAGCCACAAUAUAAAACAGCCUGCAGUCUUUCAAAUUGUUCACGGAAUUUUUAAAUGCAAUAUUUUCUUCAUUAAGUUAUGAACAGGUUAUCGCCUCAUUCCUGCUCCCCAACCCCACAAACCUUUCAAAAGAAAAUUUGCAGCAAGAUGUAAUCCUGAGCUUUCAGUACAACUAAUUAAUAGCAUCAUUGAGCAUAGGUAGCAGAGUGGGAUCAUUUUUCAGAAUGAACCUUCCUGAUGAAGGGUUUUUGCCCAAAAUGUCGAUUUUCCAGCUCUUCGGAUGCUGCCUGACCUGCUGUGCUUUUCUAGCACCACUCUAAACUAAACUAGAUUCAGAUCUCCAGCAUCUGCAGUCCUCACUUUUACCUAAACUGUGGGUGCCUAGAAUGGAACACAAUCCUUUGGCUAAGGCCUGACUAAUGAUUUUUGCAGCUUUACCGUAAUGUUG